AUGCGAGAGGGUAGUUUUCCACGGCGGACGCGGCUUUUAUGCCUACUGGCCGCCGUUGUUCUCAUUUCAACGGUCACUUCAUUCAACAUCGACACAAAAAAUGUGGUCCUUCAUCAUAUGGCCAAUAAUUAUUUCGGAUACUCGCUGGACUUUUAUAAUGAGCAGAAAGGAAUGCCAGUACUUGUCGUCGGUGCUCCAGAAGCCGAAACAACGAACCCGAAUCUCUCUGGAAUCCGUCGCCCUGGAGCCGUCUACGCCUGUUCUGUGAAUCGACCGACUUGUCGUGAAGUCCACGUGGACAAGAUGAAGGGGAACUUGAAAAAGUUGAACGGAUCCCAUCUGGUACCUAUCGAGGAUAAGGCUUAUCAAUUUUUUGGAGCCACUGUUAAGUCCAAUGAUAAGCAUGAUAAGUUGUUGAUGUGUGCUCCAAAAUACAAAUACUUCUACUCGAAAUUCGAAGUAAUCGAGCCAGUUGGAACAUGCUUCUACGCUGAAAAUGGAUUUGAGAAGACUGAAGAGUUCUCGUCCUGCAAACAAGAACCCGCUCGCCACGGUCGCCAUCGUCUGGGAUACGGUCAAUGCGGAUUCUCUGGUGCCAUUCCAGGAAAGAAAAACCAAGAUCGUGUGUUCCUCGGAGCUCCAGGAGUCUGGUAUUGGCAAGGAGCGAUUUUCUCACAAAAUACCAAAAAUCAAACUGACCGCCCGAAUACCGAGUACGGUAGUAAGGAAUACGAUCAUGACAUGAUGGGAUACGCAACUGCGACCGGAGAUUUCGAUGGAGACGGUAUUGAUGAUAUUGUUGCUGGUGUUCCACGUGGAAACGAUCUUCAUGGAAAGCUGGUUCUUUACACAUCCAAGCUGAAGAUGAUGAUCAAUUUGACGGAUGAGGUGUCGACACAGCAUGGACAAUACUGUGGUGGAGCAUUGGCAGUUGCUGAUGUUAAUAAAGAUGGCCGCGACGAUAUCAUCAUGGGAUGCCCAUUCUACACUGACUACGGUAGUGUGAAGGAUGCAAAGACCCAAGAAAGAAAACCACAAUACGACGUUGGAAAAGUGAUCGUAUUCCUUCAAACUGCUCCAGGAGUCUUUGGAAAACAAUUGGCUGUUGUUGGAGACGAUCAAUGGGGACGAUUCGGACACUCGCUGGCAGCAGCUGGGGAUUUGAACUUGGAUGGGUACAAUGAUGUGAUCGUUGGUGCUCCUUACGCUGGAAAGAACAAACAAGGAGCUGUCUAUGUGAUCCAUGGAUCCAAAGAUGGUGUUCGUGAGAAGCCAACCCAAAAGAUCGAAGCCUCUCAAAUCGGACAUGGAACCGCCCGCGCAUUUGGAUUCGCAGUUGCCGGAGGAGUUGAUGUCGAUGGGAAUGGAAUGCCAGACAUCGCAGUUGGAGCAUGGAAGUCUGGAAAUGCAGCAGUUCUUCUUACGAAACCAGUGGUUACUGUAACUGGAGCCACUGAGCCAGAAUCUGCUUUGAUUAAUGUGGAAGAGAAGAAUUGCGAUGUGGAUGGAAAAUUAGGAAAACAAGCAUGCAGGCAUAUUAACACAUGUUUCAAAUACGAAGGAAAAGGAGAUACUCCAAAUGAUUUGGAAUUUGAUUUGAGAUUCAAUUUGGAUGAUCACUCGCCAGAACCAAGAGCUUACUUCUUGCAAAAGGAUGUGAAAUCUGACCGUAGCAUCAAAGUAGCAUCUGGAUCCAAGACCCGGGACCAUCCAUCAUCAAUUGAACAACGUGUUCGUUUGGAGAAAGGAAGACAAAAGUGCUUCAGACAUAGAUUCUUUGCCUCGUCCACCAUGAAAGACAAGCUUUCUCCAAUUCACUGGUCCGUCAACUACACCUACGUGGAAUCGAAAUCCGGAAAACUUCGUGGAGAUAAAUUGGAGCCAGCAAUCGAUACAACUGUUCCACUUUCCUUCCAAAACAAGAUCAACAUUGCCAAUAACUGUGGAAAAGAUGAUCUUUGCGUUCCGGAUCUUAAAGUUACAGCUGUUGCUGAUCGCGAAAAGUUCCUUCUCGGAACUCAAGAUAACACAAUGCUAAUCAACGUAACUGUCCAAAACGGAGGAGAAGAUUCCUACGAAACCAAAUUGUACUUUGACGUUCCCCAAGGAUUCGAAUACGGAGGAAUCGAGAGUGUUGGUGCGGACGGAUCCGCUCCAGCGUGCUCCCCAACUUCCGAUGAGCCCGAUUCCGAUGGAAAAUGGACAUUUGCUUGUGACCUAGGAAAUCCUCUUCCGGCUAACAAAGUUGUCAGUAGUGUUGUUCGAGUGACAGCGUCAUCUGAUAAACCACCAUUGGCUCCAAUCAGUAUCAAUGCUCAUGUCAACUCUAGCAACGACGAAGAAGCUCAUACGAUUGCUGAUAACAAGGUCACCUUCACCAUCCCAGUUGAUUUCAAGAAUCAAUUGAGUUUGAAUGGACGUUCCAACCCAGAACAAGUCGAUUUCUCAAUGACCAACAAGACGAGAUCAGAUGUAUUCGAUGAUAAUGAAAUCGGUCCAGUUGUCUCUCAUCUUUAUCAAAUCUCCAACCGCGGUCCAUCUGAAAUUGACGCAGCCACUUUGGACAUCUUCUGGCCAUCGUUCUCCACAGAAGGAGGACAUCUUCUUUAUAUUAUCACGGAGCCAGUUGUGAAUCCACCGAAUAAGGGAAGAUGUAGAGUCAAGCAGUUGCAGAAUGUGAAUCCACUGAAUUUGAGGAUAACCAAUGAGCACGUUCCAACUGAGCCACCAGUUGCAAAGACUCCAAAUGAGUACUCGAGAGAAGAAGACGACGAGUCUUAUGAAGACGAAACGACGACACAAUCUCAAACUCAUCAUCAAACGCGAACAGAACAUACCCAACACCAUCAAGGACCAGUUCAUGUUUAUGAAAGAGAUGAGGACAAGAUCCGACAGAAUACUGGAAACUGGCAAUACGUGGAGGAUAAGAAGAAGAAGGGAGACUACGAAUACAUUCCAGAUGACCAGGAAUACGAUGGAGACGAUUUUGAAGAUGAUGAUGAAGAUUUUGAUAGAGCUGGAAGUAAGAGAGUGAAGAGAGCUCCAGUGCCAAAAAAGAAGAAGAAGGAGGGAUCGAGAAGUGGAGAGCCAAGAUCCGAUAAGGCCAGAUUCUCAGAUCUUCGUGAAGCUGUGAAGCUUUCCAAAGAAGCUGGAGGUGUUGUUGAUUAUAAGGGACCUCUAUCCAGAGCAUCAGUUGAUUGUAAUGGAUUGAGAUGUACUCAUAUCGAAUGUGACAUUUAUGAUUUGAAGGAAGACGAGUUCGUUUUGGUGGAGAUCUUUUCUAGAUUAUACACGAAUACGUUGGUCGAUGAGAGGAAUCCAGGAGGUGACAUCUCGUCUCUUGCACUGGCCCGUGUCACAUCUACCAAGUACAAUUGGCCACAUAAACCAACACUGAUCACUGCGGUUUCGACGAAUAUGAAUGCGAUCGCUUCUGAAGAGGGACGAGAUCUUCCGUGGUGGUUGUAUCUUUUGGCUAUUCUUAUUGGAUUGGCCAUUUUGAUUCUGCUCAUUUUGUUGCUCUGGAGGUGUGGUUUCUUCAAACGCAACCGUCCUCCAACCGAACACGCCGAGCUCCGUGCCGAAAAGCAACCAGCUGCUCACUACGCCGACACUCAAUCCCGUUAUGCUCCACAAGACCAAUACAGCCAAGGACGUCACGGACAAAUGCUCUAG